CCCCAAAUCAAUUUCAAUUUCGGUCGCAAAUCCCUUUUUUCUGCCCCCAAACCCUCAAACACAAAAAGAAAGAAAAGAAGUAAAAAAAAUCGAUUUUUUAAUCCCUAACAACAGAAUAAAUGCAGAUUACUCUUCAAUAACAACACCUCUCUCUCUCUCUCUCUCUCUCUCUCUCUCUCUGAAAGAAUCAAAAUCCAAAGGAAAAUGCGUUCUCGUUCUCCGCGGUUGUCUUCUUCUUCUUCUUCUUCUUCGUGUUGCUGUUGGUGGUGUCAAAGCUUCCUCGCAUUUCAGUUGAAAUUCCUGAAUUUCCUUCAAACAUUUAUAGGAAUCUCGAUCAUAAUCUAUUCUGUAUGGAUGCUCGAUCAGUGGAACCGACACGGUCAGAUCCCUCUCCCGCCGAGUUCCGCUCCCUCGCCCCAGGGUUCGCUCGAUUUGCAUAAUUCGGCGAUUCUACGGUCGGAUUCCGUUGCGGUCCCGGGACAUGUUCUGUCCAUGAGAUUUGGGGUUGAGAUUGCGUCCGGGUUCGAAGAUGGGAUUGGAAUGAAUUUCAUCAAGCUUCCCGCUCCUUGGUUCAUCUACUCUUUUAUGGGGAUUGGCAUUUUGUUGUGUUUGGUUACUUGCACAGGCCACAUUGCUGCAGAAGCAGUCAACGGGUGUUGUCUGUGUUUUUAUACACUGCUUAUGACUGUAUUCAUUAUCAUUGAAGCGGCUUUAGUGAGUGAUAUGGUAUUCAACGAUCACUGGGACAAGGACCUUCCAUAUGACCCUACUGGAGAACUUGAAAGGCUUCGAUCAUUUAUUAAAGAUAAUAUCGAUAUAUGUAGAUGGGUUGGCUUAGCUGUGGUUAUUAUUCAGGCACUGUCUCUGCUACUGGCAAUGAUCCUGCGAGCCAUGGUCACGACAAGGAGAGAGAACUACGACAGUGAUGAUGACUAUGCUAUUGUUAGGGGCGGAAGUAAACAGCCACUGCUAAAUUCAAUAGGGAACCCAAACUCUGCUUCAACCUCGACGGAGAACAAAGGAAUUAAUUCUGACACUUGGCGCAUGCGGAUGAGAGAGAAGUAUGGACUGAACCUGGGGCAUUUCGCAUAUAAUCAGUAGAUGAAGUCAAAAGCAUCACCGUCAGUGAAUACCUGCAGCAAAACCCAAAGCCCAUAGUUAUCAUGUGAGAGAGAAGUGUUUGGGAGCUUUUGCUAGUGCAUAGAACUGUAUGGUUGCUUGCAAUUCUUUAUUCUUGAAUUUCCUGUUUAGAAGAAAAAGCUGUCUGUGUAUUUAUCAUGAA